UUAACGUUCAUGUUUCAUCUUUCUCUUAAUUAUCUAUCUUCCCCGAAUUUGCCGUAGAAUAUGAAGCAGAACUUCAGAAGUUUACAUCAACGAAUUACUAAGUUGCAGCAAUUUCAAUUCAAGCAUAAUCCGAAACCUAGUGGCUCUGUAAAUAGAGAUGUUAGAGACAGCAAACUUUUGAUUCAGUGCAACAAACAGAUCGCAGAGAAUGGAAGAAAUGGCAACGUUAAUGGGGCAGAAUUGGUAUUCCACAGGAUGCCCGUGAAGAACACUGCUUCUUGGACUGCCAUGCUCACUGUCUACUCCCAAAAUGGCCAAAUAGAAAACGCCCGCAAAGUGUUCGAUCAAACGCCUCAACGAACUACGGUCUCAUAUAACGCAAUGAUCUCGGCUUACAUUCGCAAUGGUUGCAACGUGACCAAAGCUUAUGAGCUGUUUUCAGUGUUGUCUGAACGCAACUUGGUCUCAUAUGCUGCCAUGAUCACGGGUUUUGUGAAGGCAGGGAAGUUCCACAUGGCUGAGGAACUGUACCUUCAGGCUCCACAUGAGUUCCGGGACCCUGCUUGAUCAAAUGCGUUGAUAAAUGGAUAUUUGAAGGCAGGUGAAGUGAAUGAGGCGUUGCAGGUUUUUGAGAACAUGGUUGAGAGGGAUGUUGUUUCUUGGAGUUCCAUGGUUGAUGGUUUGUGCAGGGAUGGGAGGGUUGCAGCUGCCAGGGAGCUGUUUGACAGGAUGCCUGAAAGGAACGUGGUUUCUUGGAGUGCAAUGAUAGAUGGGUACAUGGGGAAAAGUUUCUUUCAAGAGGGUUUUUCCUUGUUUACAGAUAUGAGGAGGGAAGGUCUGGUUGAUGUUAAUUCCACCACAGUGACUAUCAUGUUUAAAGCGUGCGGGAAUUAUUGUAGAAUGCCAGAGGGCAUGCAGAUACAUGGGUUGGUUUCACGCUUGGGAUUUGAAUUGGAAAGUGUUUUGAGUAACUCCAUGAUUACUAUGUAUUGCAUGUUUGGUUACACAGACAUGGCAGACAAAGUAUUUUGUAUAUUGAGCGACAAAGAUAUAAUUACUUGGAAUUCUUUAAUUUCUGGAUACGUUCAUAACAAUGAAGUGGAAGCUGCGUAUAGGGUUUUCGAGAGUAUGCCAGAGAAAAACUUGAUCUCUUGGACAACCAUGAUCACAGGGUUUACUAAAAGUGGAAGAAUUGGAAAUGCCAUACAGCUUUUUAAUAUGUUGCCAGUGAAGGAUGAUUUUGUUUGGACGACUAUUAUAUCUGGGUUUGUAAAUAAUAAGGAGUAUGAGGAAGCUUUGCAUUGGUAUGCUCGGAUGAUUUGGGAAUGCAAGCCAAAUCCUUUAACUAUUAGUAGUGUCCUCGCAGCUUCAGCUGCUUUAGUGGCAAUAAAUGAAGGGCUACAGAUUCAUACAUGUAUUCUGAAAAUGAACCUAGAGUAUCAUUUGUCUGUACAAAACUCUCUUAUAUCAUUUUACUCCAAGUGUGGGAAUGUGAUUGAUGCCCACAGGAUUUUCUUAGAUGUCAUUGAACCAAAUGUCAUCUCUUAUAACUCAAUCAUCAAUGGGUUUGGACAAAAUGGUUUUGGCAAAGAGGCUCUCAGUAUCUAUAGAAAAAUGCAGAGUGAAGGUCAUGAAGCCAACCAUGUUACUUUCCUUGCUGUCCUUUCAGCCUGUACUCAUGCAGGAUUAGUUGAAGAGGGAUGGGACUUAUUUAACUCCAUGAAAUCACGUUAUGGAAUUGAGCCAGAAGCUGAUCAUUAUGCUUGCAUUGUCGAUCUCCUUGGCCGUGCAGAUUUGCUUGAUGAAGCUGUUGAUCUAAUCCGUUCAAUGCCAUUUAAGCCCCAUUCUGGAGUUUGGGGGGCUAUUCUUGGUGCAAGCAAUACUUACCUCCGUCUCGACCUUGCUAAGCUUGCAGCUAAACACAUUACUGAGCUGGAGCCUAAAAAUGCAACUCCUUAUGUGGUAUUAUCUAACAUGUAUUGUGCUUCUGGGGAAAAGAUUGACAGUGACUUAGUAAGAAAGACCAAAAAAUUUAAAGGAAUAAAAAAAAAUCCAGGUUGUAGUUGGAUUACAAUGAAAGAUAAGGUUCAUCUAUUUCUUGCAGGGGAUCAAUCACAUGAUAAUAUUGAAGAAAUGAAAGCCACAAUACUGACCAUGGAUAGGGAAAUGCGGUGGUUGUGUCAUUGUCGGUGCUGACUGACAGUCUUCUUUUCUUUCUUUUACGAACAUUACUUCUCUGUUGGUGCAGCGUCAUCAUUGUGUAACCGAGCUGGCUUCAUUUUCAACCAAAGAUUCUUGGAUGCACCUGUUGUAAUGACGUCUAAGAAAAAGAUCAUGUAAUUUGAGGGUAGUCGAAAUGGAAAGUAAUUUGAGGAAGCCAUUAGCAACUUUGUCACGUACAAUAUGACAAUCUAUCUCAAUGUGGUUAAGUUAGUACGUUCGUGGAAGACUGGGUUUAAGGCUAUUUGGACCGCUGAUUGAUUGUCAGCGUAAAGAAGGACAUGGGUUUUAAGAGAAACUUGAAGAUCUUGAAGGAGAAAGGUCAACCAUUGAAGCUUGCAUGUGGUGAUUGUGAGGAUGUGAUAUUCAGCCUCAGAUGAGCUUCAAAAAAUGGUUUGAUGUUUCUUUGAUCUCUAGGAGAUAAUGGAGUUAUAAAAAGAUAGAGAAACCCAUGAUAGAUUUGCAAGUGUCGGGGCAUGUUACCAAUCAGUCAUUGAAGCCUUUAAGCUGAAGAACUAAGUUACUGUGAAAGAAGAUGCCUAAGCCAGGGCAAUCUUUUAUGUAACGUAAGAUUCAGUAUGCCACAUGUUGAUGAGUGUGGUAGUUGGAUUUGAGAGAAAUUGUUAGGAGAUGGAGAGUUUACGAGAGAAGGAAUAAAACAUUAAAUGCCUAACUGCAUUAGCAGUUAGUAAGGGCGGGGUUAUUGGCUAUAUAAAUAGCAAAUAAACAAUUGUAGAUGGGUGUGGAUUGUUUUGAUUGUAGUUCUAACAAGAUUUGUCAUCCUGAGAGGGGAGGUUAGGCUCUCUACCAGGGAGGUUAUGCUCCCAAACCAUUCUUUGUAAAGAGAUUUCUAUUGCUGACAAAAAUAGAACCCAUUCUUUCAUUACAUUUUCUACCUACUGUUUGUGUUCUUGUUAGGUUCCAAACCCAGGAACCUAACAAAUUGGUCCGACCUGCCGUUUCGAAAUGGAGGGUGAAGGAUCAAGAAGUAAUCAAGAAACUGCGGGAUCCCAAAUUGGGCGCGAGAACGAGUUAUGGAGAGAACGACAGAGGGAAGA